UUAGGGGAAAUAAACAUUGCCUCAAAAUCCUUGCAAACGGAAUCUAUUGAUUUAAUGACAGCGUACGAUCUCCUAGGCAAUGCUUUAUUGAAAGUAACCGAACUUCGUUGGUCCUUUGAAGAAGUCUGUAGUGAAGCAGAAGAAGUAUGUUCAAAAUGGGGGAUUACGAUUACCCAUGAAUUUAUUGGCCAACGUGCAAGAAAGGUAAAAAAGCACUUUGAUGAACUUUGUGAAGACCAAAGACUGACAGAUCCUAAAAGCAAUUUCAGAGUGACAAUAUUCUUCCCAGUGGUUGAUACUAUAGUGUCACAAAUUGACAACCGUUUUAAAGGCAUGAAGCAAGUGAUUGAUGCCUAUAAAAUUGUUCACCCUUCUUUCCUGGCCUCAUGUUCAGAUGAAGAACUGCGUUGUGAAGCUGAUAAUUUUGUAAGCAGAUUUUCAGAUGAUGUAACGCCAUUGUUCAAAGCUCAGAUUUUAUCAGUAAGGAAUGCUUUUCAAUCCAAAUUAAAGGAUUUCAAAGAAGUAAAAGAAGUUGCAAAUCUCCUACUCAUUGAAAACAGUUCCCUAGCAUCAACCUACCCGGAUGUACUAACAGCAUGCUUUAUGUACCUCACAGUCCCUGUGACAGUAGCCAAAGCAGAGAGAUCAUUCUCAAAAUUAAAACUCAUCAAAAACUACCUGCGAAGCUCCAUGUCCCAACAACGUCUCACUGAUUUGGCUCUUUUGUCUAUUGAAAAUGACAGAGCCCGAAAAAUAGAUUUUGACCGAAUUAUUGAUGUUUUUGCUAGUGUCAAGUCAAGAAGAAAGUCUUUUUAGUAGGUUCAGUUGCAUUCUCACUAUCAAACUAGUUGGGCAAUUUUAAACUUGAGAACGAGUGGGUAUUACCACCAUUGAUCAUAUAUAAUUAAUGGUAUUACCAGUAUUACCAUAAACACCAUAAAUAAAUAUACAAUUUAUUGUGUAUUCAAAGGUAUUACAUAAUUAAUGAUAUUACUUGU